AUGAAAACCCACUCAGAAGAGCGGCCACACCGUUGCAGCGUGUGUGGAAAGAACUAUCUCUUCAGCUCCCAUCUCACUAAUCAUAUGAAAACCCACUCAGGGGAGCCGCCACCCCGUUGCAGCGUGUGUGGAGAGGACUUUGUUAACAUCACCAAACUGAAAAGGCACAUAAGGCAUCAUGACCGGCCACACAGUUGCAGCAUUUGUGCAAAGAGUUUUGCCACCAGUUGGAGACUCAAAAUCCAUAUGCUGAUUCACACGGGAGAUCGGCCACACAGUUGCAGUGUUUGUGGAAAGGGAUUUGUCACCAGUGGCCAUCUCUAUCAGCAUAUGCACAUUCACACGGGAGAACGGCCACAUAGUUGCUGCGUGUGUGGAAAGGACUUUGUCACCAAAAAACAAUUGAACAGGCACAUGAUGUUUCAUACAGGAGAGCAGCCACACAGUUGCAGCAUGUGUGGAAAAGGAUUUGCCACCGGCUUCAACCUCAAAGUCCAUAUAAGGUUUCAUACGGGAGAGCGGCCACAUAGUUGCAGCGUGUGUGGAAAGGACUUUGUCACCAAAAACCAGUUGAAUAUUCACAUGGUGUCUCAUACAGGAGAGUGGCCUUACAGUUGCAGCCUGUGUGGAAAAGGAUUUGCUAACGGCUUCGACCUCAAAGUCUAUAUGAGGAUUCACACGGGAGAGCGGCCACACAAUUGCAGCGUGUGUGGAAAGGAGUUUGUCACCAAAACGAAAUUGAAAAGGCACAUGAUGUCUCAUACAGGAGAGCGGCCACACAGAUGCAGCGUGUGUGAAAAAGGAUUUGCCACUGGCUUUGACCUCAAAGUCCAUAUGUGGUUUCACACGGGAGAACGGCCACACAGUUGCAGCGUGUGUGGAAAAGAUUUUCCACCAGCUUCGACCUCAAAAUCCAUAUGA